GUAAUAAUAACGGAAAUUACGAGUGGGUUAGAGAGAGAGAGAGAGAGAGAGAGGAGAGAGGAGACAGGAGAUCUCUGCUUGAACGAACAAACAAACAUCACCGAGCUCUCCUCUCCGUUCAGAUCGGACCCUUUUGUCUGCAAUUUAGGGUUUUUCCUUCAAAAUCCGUUCCAAAAUUUCAAAGUUUUUGGCCGUUGCAGACGACCGUUGAUUGAUCUAUGCUCACACAAUCAAUUGUCAAGCUUUGUAUAUAUGUACAUAUAUAACUUGAUCUGUAUUCUGUUGUGCCAUAUAGGGUUUGUAUCUAGGUUUUGGAUGGGAAUUCUUGAAUGUUUGUAGAAUUUAUGGAAAAUUGUGAAUGAAUCGGUGGUGAGAGUUGAAUGGCGUCGGCUCAGGUGUUGCCGAAUUCGAUGGGGUCGCAGAAGCAGGAGCUUUUGGAGGCUGGAAAACGACGGCUGGAGGAAUUCCGUAAGAAGAAGAAAGCAGCAGAACGAGCCAAAAAGGCUGCAUCCACAAGUCAGCUUCAUACUGCAGAUGCUGAUCUACAUGAGAAGCAACCUUUAGAAACUGAAAAUGUAAGGCUUACAGAUUCAGAAGGAGCUGGUACAUCUGAUCAAAGUGGUGGAGCUGUUGUUGGACUGUCUGGUGUUGCUAUGAACAAUGACGACAAAGCAAUUGAUCUUGUCCAGAACAAUGAGAUAGGUUCUUUGUAUGGAAAACAUGCUAAUCCCCCUUUAUCAGCGAAUUAUCGUAAUUCAUUUUUAGCUCAAUCGGUGCAGAAACAUGGAAAUGAUCAAGACUCUAACCGAUAUAAUGGGUCAAAGCCAGCUGAACCAGUAAAUGUUAAUUAUAGCCCUCAGAUAAAAGAGAAGAGUGAUGACUUUGGCAAUUAUAGUAGAGCUUCAGGAGGACUUUCCGUUUCAACUGAUCAAUAUAUUUCUCUUCACCCUCAAGCAGUUCGAGAUAUUGAUAGCAAUUCCAGUCAAUCUAGUCGUUAUGCGUUGGAGGAAGCACAGUCAAAAGAUAAUGAUAGUCACUUAAAGAAUUUUUCAGUUACAAAUCCUAGUAUAUCUCAUGUUCUUGCUGCAAAUAUUUCUCCUGAGAAUUCUGACAGCAAUUUAUUGCAAAACAAGUCUGCUUAUACCAGCCCGCUGCCUAGCCCAUGGAUGUCCUCUUCUUAUGAAGAGUCCUCUCAUGAAGUAGGACAAAACAUGCAAGGUGCGGACAGAGAACCUCUGUGGCCAUCUCAAUCUCGAUCUCCUGGUUUCAGUUUUGAUGUCAGAAGUUCAUCUAAUUAUGUACCAGUAUAUCCAGAUGUAGCUGAAACCAACACGAGGAGAUCUCGUCCAUCUUUCCUUGAUUCUAUUAAUAUGCCAAGACUUUUUUCUGCAUCUUUUCAACCUACUGAACAAGAGAAUGCUGAGUCAUUUAGUUCAAAAUUUCACGACAUGGACAUCAGUCUUGCAUCAUCUGUGUCGGAGAAGUCACUUACUGAAACUGAAAGAAUGGAACCUUUUCCAACUUUGAACCAUUCCAUGAAGACUUCAUUUUCAGCCAGUAAUGGGGAUGACAUGUACAGGUAUAGUGCCAAUGAGAACAGAACAGAGAGGAAACAAGAUUUUUUUUCGCAAAAACAGGAUGAAGACUUUGCUGCUUUGGAACAGCAUAUUGAAGAUUUGACACAAGAAAAGUUCUCUUUGCAGCGAGCUCUUGAGGCUUCACGAGCUUUGGCAGAAUCUUUAGCUUCUGAAAAUUCAGCUCUGACAGAUAGUUAUAAUCAACAGGGAAGUGCUGUCAACCAGCUGAAAUCUGACAUGGAAAAGUUACAGGAGGAAAUUAAGGCACAACUGGUGGAACUUGAGUCGGUGAAAAUUGAAUAUGCAAAUGCACACCUAGAAUGUAAUGCAGCUGAUGAACGUGCCCAGUUGUUGGCCUCUGAAGUUAUUGACUUAGAAGAGAAGGCACUCAGACUGAGGUCCAGUGAGCUCAAACUGGAGAGGCAAAUGGAGAACUCUCAAGCUGAAAUUUCUUCCUUCAAAAAGAAAGUGUCAAGGCUUGAGAAAGAGCGUCAAGACUUGCAAUCCACUAUUGAUUCUCUACAAGAAGAGAAAAAGCUCUUGCAAGCCAAAUUUCGGAAAGCUUCUGCAAAUGGGAAGUUCAUUGAUAUUAGCAAGAAUCUCCCUAAUAAAAAGGAUAUGUCAACUUCUACAGAGGAUCUAGUCCAUGGGGAAGAUGCAAAUCCUACACCAGACACCUCAAGCCUGGAAAUGCACAAUACUGAACCAGUUUUUGGAAGUAAUGCCUCCAGUUCCCACUUGCUGCCUGAAAAUAGACAGUUCAAUCUUGAAGCGUCAUCUUUGAAUAUUCCUACUGAUCAAAUGAGAAUGAUUCAAAACAUUAAUGCCCUGAUGUCCGAGUUAGCGUUGGAGAAAGAAGAAUUAAUGCAAUCCCUGACGGCUGAAUCAUCUCGAGGUUCUAAACUGAAGGAAUUGAACAAGGAGCUAUCUCAAAAACUUGAAGUUCAAACACAAAGAUUAGAGCUUUUGACUUCCCAAAGUAUGGCAACUGAGAUUGUCCCGGCAAGACAACUAGAUGCUCGGAACAUGGAUGACAACACUGCAUAUGCGGAUGAAGGAGAUGAGGUGGUGGAAAGGGUAUUAGGAUGGAUAAUGAAGCUCUUUCCUGGAGGGCCUUCAAGGCGGCGAACCAGCAAGCUCCUCUGAUUUGUGCGUCAAAGCAGCUCAUGAACGAAGGCUUAUGGGCAUUAGGCGUAUCCGUUUUGUUCGUUCCUCCACCCUUAUUUUUGGUGGGGCAAUGGAGGUCGUAGUCUAUAUAUUGUCUCUGCAAUUAUUCAGUCCAUUUUUUUGAUAGAGAAAGCAGUUGUUUUCGGUAAUGCCUUCCAGUGGGAAAUUUAUUAGGAAAUGCAAUUGUCAUCUCUCAAGCAAUAAUGAUGGACCCUUGGUGCUGUUAUUCGGUUUCGUGGGUCUUGACAAAUUUUAGUGGGAAAUUUAUAGCAUGUGAGAACAAGAAACUUUACAAAAAGAGAAAGGAAAAAAGAGUCUGUUUUGUACAAUUAAACGUGAGCGAAUGUAACAUGCAUUUGUUAGUUUGUUUCAUUUUUGUUGCAAGUAUGUUGAUUAGAGAGGUUAAGCCCAAUUGUGAAUAUUUUGUUUGAGGUUUCAUUUAUUUGACAGCAUAAAUAUUUUCUUCAAUUGAA